AAUCAAUCACAAACUCAGAGCUCUGCUGAAGCAACAGACUACUCGCAGUAAAGAUGGACAGAAGAUUUCCGCUCAAUGUUCGAAUCAUUGGAUUAAUACGACACAAAAGGCAAAAGUCUUACCUUGCCUCCGUUCUGUGGUCGGAUCGAAAUGAUGUUAUAGUGUAUAGAACGUUUGACGAGUUUAAGAAACUCCAUAAAACGGUCAUAUUGAAGUACCCGUUGGAGGCAGGGCGUAUUAAAAAGUCGGAUCAAAUUAUUCCAAACUUCGAAGAUGUUUCCCGGAAGGAAAAACGACGGACCCAAGUAAGUAAAUCCGUCCUCAGAAUGGGCUUACUGGAGAAUUACUGCUCGGAGCUAUUGCGAAGCAGUGUUAAAAUCUCAGAGGAUCAAGAUGUUAUCCAAUUCUUCCUCCCCACCGAAAGUGACUUGGCGCCUUCUUUCCCCUCGGACAGUGUUAUCAUCAUGCCAUCUGCAAUCGGACGGAGAAGAAGCACAUGGAGGCGCACAGGCGCGAAAACUAUCGAAAACAUCACGCAGCCGAUGGCCUCGGAGAGUUACAAAUGCAUUGCUACUUAUGAAGGAAAAGAUACCAGGAACAAUCCGUUUAAGGUGUUGGAGGACGAAGUAGUUGAUGUCAUUACCAAGAACUCAUCAGGCUGGUGGCUCGUGGAAAAUGAAAGGAAGCAGUUAGCCUGGUUUCCAGCUCCUUAUCUCAGGAGUCCCUUAUCUGGGCCAUUGGAGAGUGAGGUAGAUGUUUCUGUAGAUUAUGAAUCUCCGUAUUACGCUAUUGAAAGCUAUGAUGCAAAGAAUGAAGAUGAACUAUCCAUACAUGUUGGAGCCAUGGUUGAAGUCUUAAAGAAAUCUCCUGAUGGAUGGUGGCUUGCCAGGUAUAAUGGACGGUCUGGAUAUGUCCCAUCUGUCUAUCUUCAGUUGUACAGAAACCCGCAUUCAAAAUAUCAGUUCCUCACCAAGCCAACCAUGUACAAUUCUACCCCAAACCUCAGUCUUCCCGACAAAGAUCCAGAUAUUCAAUCAAGUAAUGCAGAUCCAGACAAUGCUAGCCAUUAUUUGUCAACUACAAAUACCAAAAAUGCCAGAAAAAGACUGUAUCGGCAAAAAUCAAUAUCUAUGAACUGUUUGAAUGAUGAAAACAUAUUUGACAAUGAGUUAAACUUUCAUGAUGCAGAUCAGUCAGAAAAUUUGAGUGAUGAUGGUAGCAUGUCCACUGUAAGGUCAAACAGGUCACACAGGUCACAUUUAUCUGAAGGCAGCAGUUCAGACAGUCUCAACAGCUAUCAAAGUUCUGCUGGCAUGUCGGAACUGCUUGAAAAGAACCAAAAUAGAGUUUCUCUAAUCCAAUCUAAAAAUCUGAAUGAUUCUGAUGAUAAACGGGGUGAUUUAAGAAACAUCCCUGAACCUUCCACAAGUGAGAAUAACUCUGCUGCAAAUCCAAUACCCAAGAUACCUCCAAGGCCACAGAGAAAAGAAAUAUUGUUAAGAUGUACAACAUUAACCAAGAACAUAAUUAUGGAACCCUAAAAUCAUUUUGCCAUUAAACAUUCCAAAAGAGUUGAAAUCACUCAUUGAGAGUUUCAGUGAGAAAUGAACUAUUGUUUCUAUUGAAACAAUAUGCAAGUUAACAAAAGUAUGCAGAAGCUGUAGUGUUUAUAUAUUCAUUUGGAAAAUUGGUAGCCAGAUUUUCCAUUAUUAGUUUGAAGAUUUGUUUUGGUUAAUGUGCCAUUUUUUAUUUAAACAAUUUAAUAUUUCAAUCCUUAAAUUCUAUCACAAAGAACACUAACUACCAUAUUAUUUUCUUAAAAUUCUUCAACUGCUUUGCAGUCUUUAUCUUGUACCAGGGAAGUGUAGUGGUUAGUGUGACACUAUUAGAGCUCGGAACAUCGGGGAUCGAUCCUCUCUGGGUACACCAAUUUCCUCCCACAGUUCAAAAACGAAUUGGGUAAGUUAAUCGGUCACUGCAAAUUGUCCUGUGAUUAGGUAGGAUCAGAGUUGUUGGGCGUUGCUGGGUUGUGUGGCUCAAUGGACUGGAAGGCUCUAUUCUGUGCUAUAUUUCUAAAUAGGUAAAUAAACUGAGGUGGUAUUUACAUACUAGUGUAACUUCAAUGAAUAUGAUUAUGUAACUCUAGAAUUAUUAAAUAAUAAUUAUUAAAUAAUUCUAGAAAAUCAUAUAGUGAACUGAACAUUGGAAUAAUUUUAAUAGAUUAAUCAUAAUGACUAAAUGUACAUAAAUUUAAUUACUUAAUUGAGUAAUUUAAUUAAUACAAAUUGUUCAAUGAAUUAAAUUAGUUCUCAGUUAGAGAUACCAUAUACAAGUUUGAGAAUCAAAAAAAAACAACUCCAGACUCCGGAAAUAUGACAUAAAAACUGAAAAUACUCCGCAGAUCAGGCAGCAUCUGUGGAGCCGGAGACAGAGCCAGCACUCAAGGUCAAAGACCCUCUGUCAGAACUUCCUUUGAUCAAGAUAUGUGAGGGAAAUACAGUGGUGUUUCAAUGAAGCUUAAAUGUAAACAAGUGUUCAAUUGGAAGCCUGCAGUUGCUGUAAUUUUUUUUUAGAAAUGUGGAUCUACCAUCAGAUACUUCUAAAAGGCAGCACACCAUUACAAUGUUUGUCCAUGCUAGUGUGUAAACAACAUAGUUCUUUUACUGCUCCUGAAACAGUCAAAUAUGCCAUUUUACUGCAUCAAAAUUGUUAAAAGUUAGUUCAAUAAUGUGAACUAAUACACUUUUAAUGGACAACUGUCAAUUGACAAAAAGCUACAGGAUGUGUCUACAAUUCGCUCGUAUGCUUUUUCUUUCAAAAUGAAUUAACAAAAUAUUGAGUAUCCAGUAAGGGUUAUACUAAACUUUCAGUAACUGUAACUUGGGUCUUCACCUGUAAAAUUUUGUGGUACCUUCACUUUGUGCAGAAAUCGGGCAUAUGGACAAACAUUGUGCACAAUUUAAAGAUUGCAAGAACACCACGUUGUCACCUAUUGAAAGGAAAAUCAGUAGUGCUAUUUAUAUCUGAAUACAGUCGUUAGACAAUUGUUGAAUUAAAAUUUGAAUGUAUUGUAUUUUCCAUAAUGGAAAAAAAACACUUUUUUAUUAUCUAUCACCUACUUAUAUUAAGACAUGUUACCAUGGAGGAUAAAUAUUUUGUUUUGCUUCUUCUGUUUUCUAUGUUUAGGUAUUACUGGUUCCUUUGUUCCAUUGUAUACUUUCUUUACAAAUAUGUUAAAUUUACCACGUAUAUUAUAU